GUGCAAGAAAACUAUAUCAGUCAAAAGUUUUAUCUAUUCUAUACCUUCAAAAACUGUAAUAUUUUGUUAUUAAACGAAAAAUUACAAAUUGUUGCUGUGUAGUAGGAGUUUUAAUGUGUAAAGUAUAUUUAAAAUUUAAAAAUGGAUGAAGAAAACUUUCCAGACGACGAAGAACAACACGAUUCUGAGGGUGAUGUAGAAAGAAAUGCAAAUCCAGUUGUACGUCCUCCAGAAAUACAAAAUGCACCAAAUUUGUCGUUUUCAUCUUUGGAACAACUUAUGGUGCCAGACUAUAUUGAUGAUCCACCAAUUAGUCCACCUUCACCAGGCAAUGAAAUGCAAAUUGACAUAAGAGAAGAGGAUAUUCAAGACCCAGAUGACUUGAACGCAAGUUUUGAUAUGUCGGAACCCGACACAUCAACUCCUGAUGGCGUUGACUCAGAUUCGAAUCAGCGAACUCAAGAUUUACGUGCGGUACGAAAUUUUAUGUUUGGCGAGGUGAGUGAUAACGAAGAACCAGUUAUAUCACUCAAUCACAGUAAUGUGGUUCAGCGUUUACGCAAUGUUGUUUAUAGUUUAGAUUCAAUGAGAAGAAUUAGUAUGCGAGCGGGCUCAAGAGAUAUUCUACGUUUUCGACAUAGAACACAGAAUUUUGCUGAAAACUCACCUGAGGAUGAAGUCGAACCAGAAAAUCCUGUUAGAUUUGAUACUAAUCUUGCUGCUGAACACUUGUAUAUGGGCACAAAUAUGGAUCGGGUUUCUGGUGUUAAUUAUAUUGAACCUGGACAGGAACAGAAUUUAUUAUUAUUCUUACAUGCUUAUAUAUUAUUUCCUGGUGAAGUUUUGCCCUUUAUGACUUCAAAUAUUGUUAUUGAGACCGAACUAUGUCGGGAUAAUCAAGCAUUCUUUGGUAUAUGUUUCCCUUUUCUGCGUGAUAAUGGUAAAAAAGAGAUUAUGUAUGGUGUUACUUGUCAAAUAUAUGAGCGCGGAGCUGACGAAAGAGGUCGCAUGCUUUUUAAGUCUCGGGCCUUACAACGUUUUAUACUUAAUACCAAUAACAUAAAAGGUGCAUUACAGGAUAUAACGGCUUUUCCGCAAUAUAAAUGCUAUUGUAAUGUUAAGAUUCUACCAGAAAUUUAUUUGCCCGAACCGCUUAAUUGUAUACAGAUGGGUUCGUUAAAUCGUUUCCGCGAUUUACCCAAAAUGCAGCAAAGCUUCCGACGUCUACAAGCCGCAAGCACUUCUUUACCAGCUUACAUCUAUGAAGCGUACAAUAUGUCUGGCGUUAUAGAGAAAGCACGCACACAAUUAGCUGAGCAUAAAAUAAAUACUAUGCCGACUGAUCCGGUUGAUUUAUCGUAUUGGCUAGUACGAAAUUUACAUUUACCGGAAUACGUUAAAAAAGAAAUAUUCAAAACUGAUUCAGUUAAUGUACGCAUGAAAUUGAUUGCUACCACAUUUAAGGAGGAGCCGUCGUUCUAUAUAUGCCGCUUCUGUAGUAAUCAAAUUGCUGACUGUAAAGAACUUUUUGCUAUGUCAAAGCAUGGCGUUCAAACACAAUAUUGCAAUUCAGCUGGUCACAUACAUCAGACAAAUACGGUUUAUCGUGUGGUGCCCAAUUCAGUAGUAUUUAGUGGAGAAGCUUCAUCAGAAUUUAGUUGGUUUCCUGGGUAUCAAUGGCAUAUUAUUGUUUGUAAUGGCUGCGGACGACAUAUUGGUUGGCAAUUCAAAGCUUUGGAACCAAGUUUGGUGCCAAAUAUAUUUUAUGGUAUCUCAAGUUCAAGUGUACGUGUAGGUGAUUCACGAGAUGGACGACGUGAUCCACAUGAGUUGUACCGUGCUAUUAUACGUUUGUCUCGGAAUGAGCUCCCAUGAAUAUGGAGAUCAGUGAAACGUUUUUAUAAUCGAUGUAUAGCAAGUUGCUGUUCUUGCUCCAUAAGAAUUUGCUUACAUCGACGACCGCGAUUCCCUGAGGAAGAUAUUUAAAGAAAUAAUGAAUAUAAAAACGUUUCACAGCUUUCAUUCUAGCUUGUAGUCAUUUAGUUCAUUUUUUUACAAUUUUACAUACGUUGAUUAAAUUUUUAAAUUCUAAGUCAUUAAAUCAAAUUCAUAUUCAUUCGGAAAAAUAA